AUGAGUGCUAAACAGUACGCUAGACUUGUUCCGAAAGCUCAUCGAGCUCGAAGAACUCCGGUCAUUGACCGGCCUAUGCGGCCAAGAAUGAUUGCUUGGGCAGGACCAGCAGCAUUCUAUCCUAACAGAUUCUAUGAGAUUGAUAAAUGGUAUAAGGGCCGAAUUGACAAGCCUGAAGAAGUUCCUAAAUUCCAUAUCAUCGAUCCUACGCAGCAUCUCUAUUCGCUGGGAGAAUUUUUGGAUAAAGAAAAGCAGAAAGCUGCACCAUGUAACAUUGGAUUUGCUUCACGACAGCAGAAAAUUGCUGUACCGAAGACUGAUGCACAGCGCGAAGAAUUGGAGCGCCAAGCAAGAAAAAUGAAACUCAUUGUUGAUCCUGACACUACGAACUUCGAAACAUUAGCUGUGCUCAAUCAUUAUAAGAUCUUCGAACAUCUGUUUGGUCCAGGUGUGUUUUUCGAAAACGUUCAAAACAUGGACGUUACUUUUGGAGAGAAUGUUGUAUACUAUGGAAAUACGCUGAUAGCAAAGGAUACCCAGUCAAAGCCCCAGGUUAUUGUUUUUACCUCUGUCUUAUGCUACCUCUGUUGCUGAUG